AUGGAUCCAACAAACAAGCCGAAAGGACCUUCGCCACACUAUUCACUGUACCAGCGGGAAAUCUUCCGCCGCGGAGGAGAGCAAGGCAUCCUUCCCAGCUUUUCCGUACAUGCGGAGGAAUUGGUAGAAUCGACGAAGAAGAAACUGAACGAUCGUGGUUACUUUUACGCAAACUCGAAUGCAGGUCUCGGUUGGACCGAUAGAGCAAACCGGGAGGCGUUCUAUCACUGGAGGAUCAUCCCUCGUAUGCUCGUGGAUACGAAUACCAGAGAUUUAACCACGACGCUCUUUGGUCAUCGUAUCCCUGCGCCGAUCUUAUUCGCGCCGAUUGGUAUCAACAAACUCUAUUCCCCAAAGGGAGAGUUAGUGCCAGCUAAGAUUGCUGGCGAGCUCGGGUUACCGUAUUGCCUGUCUACAGCUGCCUCCCAGCCGAUCGAGGCCGUUGCGGCUGCUAAUGAGGAAGGCGCUUCUGUCAAUAACGAGAGCAAUACUGUGCAUGCCUACACUGGCCCUAACGGUGGAAAUGCGACAUCGCCCCGCUUCUUCCAGCUGUACAUGGGCCAUGAUGAUGAAGUGACCAUCAAUCUUCUAGAGAGGGCGUGGAAGAGCGGCUUUGACGUCCUCAUGCUCACGGUGGACACUUGGCAGCUUGGAUGGCGUCCCACAGACAUCAACCUGGCUAAUUAUGUAUUCUACUAUCCUCCAGGCGAGACCGGCAACGAGUUGGGAAAGUCUGAUCCCGUUUUCAAGCGUAAAUAUGGUCGAGAGCAAGAGCAGGAUACUGGCAAGUGGAUCGACUCCAUGGUCUGGCACGGCAAGGCACACACAUGGGAAAAAAUUCCUUGGUUGAUCAAAGAGUGGAAGCGCAUCUCGGGUGGUCGCCCGCUCGUGAUCAAGGGCAUCCAGAGUGCAGCGGAUGCGCUCAAAGCAUACCAAAUUGGAUGCGAAGGCAUCGUCGUGACGAAUCACGCCGGCAGACAGGUUGAUGGGGCUGUGGGCAGUCUUGAGGUGCUUCCUGAAAUCGUGGACGCGGUCGGUGACAAGAUGACGAUCAUAUUCGACUCGGGGAUACGGACUGGGUCAGAUGUCUUCAAAGCACUCGCACUUGGAGCACAUGCCGUCGAGGUUGGACGUUUAUACGUCUGGGGAAUGGCGCAUGAGGGUGAAGCUGGUUGUCGCCAUGUCAUGAAGAGCCUCCUUGCCGAUCUCGAUAUCACGAUGACCGUAGCCGGAUAUCAAUCCAUAACGAAAGAUGUGCAAGGCAAACGCGAUGUCCUUAAGCAUAAUCCGCAUGGAGUCCCUCCCAGCAAGACAGACCACGCGAAGCUGUGAUGAUCUUGAAUACUGCUCUUCUCAUCUCGAGAAUUGGUUGGUUAGAGCCCUGUUCAAUCACCUAAAGGCAAACGCCAUGUAGAACGUAGGAUGUGUGUACGGUACUAUGGUUGUCAUAAUCAAUUAAC